GGUCUGGAGCCCCACCCAAGAGAGGAAACUCCUGAAGUAUGUGUGGGCGCACGGCCUGCGCUCUAGGAGCAGAUGGCAUCCGCCGAGCCUGUGUGUACCGUGAUAUCCAUGGUAGAACAAGACACCCUGAAUGGAGAGAUGCUGAUAAAUACAGCCCUUCCUACAAUAAGAGUCCCCAGUCCAACAGUCCUGUGCUGCUUUCCCGACGACACUUUGAGAAGGAUGCUGACUCUUCUGAACGUGUCCUUGCGGCUAUGCGCUGGGGACUGGUCCCAUCCUGGUUUAGAGAAUCUGACCCUUCCAAAAUGCAGUAUAAAACCUCCAACUGUCGCAGUGAUACCAUGAUGGAGAAACUCUCCUACAAGGGACCUCUGGUAAAGGGCAGGCGCUGUGUAGUGCUGGCAGAUGGAUUCUAUGAAUGGCAGCAGCACAAUGGAAAGAAGCAACCCUAUUUUAUUUACUUCCCACAACCCAAGCAAGAAACGGCAGAUGGGAAAGAUGAUGAUGAAAAGUGGAAAAGCUGGAAGUUACUUACCAUGGCUGGAAUUUUUGAUUGCUGGGAGCCCCCUGGUGGAGGGGAUGCAUUGUACACUUACACCAUCAUCACAGUAGAUGCUUCUAAAAGCUUAAGUGCCAUUCAUAACAGGAUGCCAGCUAUCCUGGAUGGGGAUGAGGCUAUCAGGAAAUGGUUGGACUUUCCAGAGGUACCAACGCAGGAAGCCCUUAGGCUCAUCCACUCUACAGAGAACAUUGCUUUCCAUCCAGUUUCUGCUAUAGUAAACAACUCCAGAAACAAUACACCAGAAUGCCUUGCUCCCAUUGAGUUAGAACUGAAGAAGGAGACCAAAGCCAGUACUAGCAGCAAAAUGAUGUUGAACUGGUUAAAAAACAAGUCUCCCAAGAAAGAGGAAGAUGAUUUGCCUAGAUGGUCCAGUCAGUUCAUCCAGAUUACUGCUACACCCAAGAGAAGCAGUGCAAGCUUAAUGCAACAGUGGCUGAAGAAGGAAGAGGAGGAUCCUUGUGCAAAGAAGCCCAAAACUCAGUGAACUGACUUUCAGUUCUGAAUAGAACGCGUAUGUUAGCCUGUUAGAUCCUGCAGACCGGUACCAAGACAUCUCUGACUUUGUGUGCAUUGAGCAUUUAAAUUUGAUUUCUAGCACUGAUGUGAUUUUGUAGCUUGAUGUCCUUGUGCUGAUGGCUUACUGAUCUAGGAGAGCAAUGCUUGGUUUUUAAAACUUUCCUAUCUUCCACUAACUGGGAAAUUGAUUUAAUAUGCAAUGCUCACCUCCCCACCAGUGUUUUCACUGAUGCCCCAUGGUUGAUACUGACCUGCCUUAGGAACACUUAUGGAUCACAUACUCAGGGGGAAGGCAUUUAAACCCAAUCCAUGUUCUUCCUAUUGAGUGAGGAACGGAAGAACUGAGUGGAAUUCUUUCAUGAAGUGUUAUUCAGAUGGCUCUCCUGUGUGUUAAUUCUCCUAGAUAAUGUCUAUAUUUUGGGUACUUUUGAUGUUUUGAUGCUCGAGAACUUAUGCAGCCAAAAAAUGAACUAAAGAUUCUAUGUUAAACUAGUAUUUAAAUCAGAGAUGUAGCUCCAUUUCUUAAGGGCUAACACUGCCUUACUUUGUGUCAGCAUGGAAAACAUUGAUGGGCCUCUGCAUAAGAGUUUCAGAACAGUGAGAUCCUGAUAUAUGUGGAAAGGAGGAUAUUCAAGAUUCUGGAAACAAGUGCCAUGGGAACCAGGUGCCUUUUAAAACUGAGGAAGUGUUCUACUGUGGCAAUGGGGUUGUAUAGGGUUGGUGUGUCUGUGAGAGAGAGAAAUGCCUUAAGACAGUUUUGCUGGUGAAAGUAAAAACUGUCCUUACCUUUAAAUCCUUUUCCAUGCUCAUUGUUUCACAUUUCUGAUAGCCUGACCUACCUUUAUGAAGUCUGUGUACUAUUGUCAAGGGCUGCUUUGAAAACCCUUUCCCAGUAGUAUUGUAAUAUUGUAGAAGUUACUAGAAUUAUCCCCUGAAAUUUCCCACUGUUGCUACUGCUGGUAGUAGCAACAGAAGUUAUAAUGUAGACAUGAACCAGUAUUUUAACCAGUUGUCUAACCUGGCUUUGAGCAGGAAUAGAUGACAUAAUGGUAAAAAUGGCACAUAUUGUCUAUUCAAGACCUCACAUUGACAGUAGCAACACUGGUAAAUUUAAAGAGGAAAAAGUCCUGAUGUUUAGAAGUGCCAAGCUCCCACAGCACCAAACGAAGUCAGUAGAGCUGUAGGUACUCAGUAUCACUGAAAAACAAGCUUUAAUGUGUUGGCAUGACCUUAGAGAGCAAGUCCCUGGGAAUUACUGGAUUUAAUCUGUUCUUUGUGGCAGCCAUAAUUGCUAGCUUUAUUUUUAGUGGGGAGUGGAGUGGGAAAACUUGUCUUGGCCAUUAUGUUUGUGCAAUAUUUGUGUUAAUAGGAUUUUAAGAUUUAGAGAAUAUUUUCUGAAUCCUUGAUCCAGAGAGAGAACAAUCACUCUUUUGAGUAGGUAGAUCACUGGAGUGUCAAGUACUAAAGUGAUUUUUUUGUCUUUGGUCUGGGACUUGAACAAGCAGUGUCAGUCAUAUGUUAGAUCUUAGCAGCAUGUGGGAGAUCUCUGGAGAGCAUUGCUUACUUGUGUUUGAAACAGUUUGUAGAAAAUAAAGUGAUCAGUUGGCUUAUG